AUUCCGUAUCUCUGAAGUUGAAUGAUAAAUAUUUAAAAUUUACGAUUUUUAUCUUCACUGCUUGUAUUACUCGUGCGCUGAAUUACUGUAAUCAAAUGCAGUGGCCAUGGUUUUUCAACCAGCCAGGUCGUAAUUAGUGAUUUAUGUUUUGAGUUAAUCGUCGCGAAUUCAUUAGUGAAAUGUACCAGUUAUUUGUGAUAAUUGUAUUGAUCACUUUCGUAGAUAAUUCUUCAUCGGAACCAGAACCAUCGAAAAAAUGCUGUGAUCCGUUAAUCCUAACCCCAUUAAUACGUAAAGGACAGAUCGCCUUAGCCAGAGAAAAAUCCUACGUUACUCCUCUGCUUCCUAACAUCUACAGCCACUCUGGAUAUUUGACGGUAAACGAAACAACGAAUUCGAAUUUAUUUUUCUGGUUUUUUAAACAGCCAAGCUCAGAAUGGUUAUCGCGUCCUGUCAUACUUUGGUUGCAAGGAGGUCCAGGCGUAGGCUCCCUUUUUGGUCUUUUCACUGAAAAUGGUCCUUUUCGAGUUAAACAAGGCAAAUUAGUGAAAAACAAGUAUCCGUGGACCGAUUAUUACAACGUAUUGUAUAUCGACAAUCCAAUUGGCACCGGAUUCAGUUUCACCGAUGGUUAUUACGUUACAACUCAACUCGAAGUUGGUCAACAUUUAUUCGACGCUUUAACUCAGUUUUUCAAAAUGUUUCCCGAACUUCGCAAAAAUAAAUUCUUCAUAUCGGGAGAAUCGUAUGCUGGCAAAUAUCUCCCAGCUUUAGGCUACGAAAUAUAUAAAAGAAAUCCAAAAACGCCGUUUCCCAUCAACUUGAAAGGUAUUUUUAUCGGAAACGGAUGGAGUGAUCCAGAGAACAUGCUGGAAUACGCCGAACAUCUCCAUAGACUCGGUUUAAUAGACCGCAGACAGAAGUUGAUUAUGCAGAAGUACGAAGAAGAUGCGAGAAUAUUGAUUCGAAAUGCUCAAUGGGAGGAAUCGCUCCACUCUAUCGCUAAAGUUCGACAUUACAUCAGUCAAUAUACUAAUUUUACAACGCUGUAUGAUUACAUUCAAGAGAAAUCCGACACAAAUGGUUCUCAUUUCAAAUUUAUAAACACCGAUGAAUUUAGAAAAACUAUCCACGCUGCAGAAAUAGAGUACGAAUUUGUUUCUGUGGAAGUUUUUCUUCGCCUGGAAGAUGAUAUAACUCAAAGUAUGAAGUCACGGAUUGAAGAAUUAUUGGAAAUAUAUCCCAUAAUGUUCUUCAACGGUCAGUUGGAUAUUAUUGUGGCACAUUAUUUGACCUCGAAUUUCAUCAAUCAAUUGCAUUGGAGUGGAGCUGAUGAAUAUGCUGAAGCGAAAAGAAACAUGUGGUAUGUUAAUGGUCAUUUAGCUGGGUAUUAUAAGACUUUUGGUAACUUGAAGGUAGCUUUAAUUCGUAAUGCUGGGCAUAUGGUUCCUGUAAAACAUCCUUUGUUCUUAUUGGAUUUGCUGGGUAAAUUUGUCAACGGUGAAAUUUGAUUUUCAUAAUUCCACAUGGAAAGAGUAAUAAUUGCAGGUAGGUAUCCUAUCUACUUACUCAGAUAGAAGUACCUAUUUAUUUUCUGAGAGGAAAGUGUGAAUCGCUCUCCCUAGAUUUUUCAGGGUUAUAGAUAUCAAGAAAAUAAGCUAUGUUAGGUACGGAUUCCAAGUUUAUAUUUUUGUUGCCUAUCAUUUUACAGAAGUUCUAAAUAAAUUUAAUCAUAUUUUUUGUA